AUGACUUCCGAUAGCUUCUCUCAAGGCAACAGCGAUCAGCCUCCUGGACAGGCUCCAGCAGCCGCUGUAGGUGGAUCCAUGUUCAACAAACCAGCCUCUGUUUCGCUCUAUCAGACCUGCCGAUUUCUAUCGGAGCGUCUCAAGCGCGUCCCAGAGUUUGAGGAGCGCUUCAUGCCAUCGCCUGCUAGUCCAGCAAGCGCAACAAACAAUAAUGGGUCGGUGCAGUCGCCCAUCAUGGACCCCGUCAGCGAACUGUGGAAGUGCUUCCGUUUGGGCGCUAGUCUUUGCCACUUGUACAAUGCUACUUUGCCAGAGGUGGAACUUGCCGUUAGGCAGAACCCAACAGAGGAUAACCUCAAGGCCUGUAAAGCAGAAGUCUUUCAUUUCAUCAUUGCCUGUCGCGACCACCUCUCCUUUGGCGACGACGACAUUUUCACCAUUUCCGAACUCUUCUCUGAAAAUACAAAUGGCUUUGUCAAGGUGACCAGGACCGUGUCGCUUGUUUUGGAUUUGCUAGAGUCCCGCAAGCUGCUGGUUGAGCGCGACUCUGUGAUUGAAGACAAGCAAGAGGCUCCCAAGGAUAAUCGUGCCAAGGUGGUCCAAGAGCUUUUGCAGACAGAGCGCAAAUACGUCCAAUCACUAGAAAUUCUACAAAAUUACGUACGAGAGCUUGUUAUUGGCGAAGUCAUCUCAAAGGAUCGCGUCCACAAAAUCUUCGGCAAUCUCAACUUCCUGGUUGACUUCCAGCGCCGCUUUUUGAUCGGUAUCGAGUCCACCUGCGCACUACCGGCAGACCAGCAGCGAAUUGGUAGUGUCUUUGCAAAUUUGGAAGAAGCAUUCGAGGUUUAUACACCUUUUUGUGCCAACUACAGCAAUGCCGCAGAACUCGUCUUGGAAGAGACUCCCAACCUACAACGCCUUUCGCAUCUUGUUGAGCCUACGUAUGAGUUGCCCUCGUUGCUCAUCAAGCCUGUGCAGCGAAUCUGCAAGUAUCCACUCUUGCUACGUGAGCUUCUCAAAGCCACGGGUAGCGACUCGCCACUCUAUGAGGAGCUACUGGCAGGCGAGGCUGCCAUCAAGCGCGUCACCGAUAGUGUCAAUGAAGCGCAGCGACGGCAGGAGAAUGAUGCCGUGCGUAUGGAUCUUGAGCAAAGAGUCGAAGACUGGAAGGGUCAUUCUCUCAACACCUUUGGCCAACUUUUACUGCAAGACUUGUUUAUCGUCCUCAAGGGUGAUGUCGAGCGUGAAUACCGCGUCUACUUAUUUGAUCGCAUUCUACUUUGUUGCAAGGACAAUGGCCAAAGCAAAAAAAGUAGUAAGAGCAUGAGCAUCAGCCGGAAGCCGCCGAAAAGAGGCUCACUCCAGCUCAAAGGCCGCAUUUUCAUCAACAAUGUGACUGAUGUUGUUCCUUCUUCCAAAGGCGGCGCGCAUACGCUGCAGAUUUUCUGGAACGGUGACAUGGAGCAAGAAUAUUUUACGAUUCGCUGCAAGCACGAGGAGCAAUUGAAGCAGUGGCAUCAUCAAAUAGCGAAGCUGCUUGCCGAAGCUAGACGGCUGGCCGUGGAGCGUAUGGCGCAACAACAAGCCAACCAUCGAGGAGUCAGCAAUACGCAGUUUGCUUCGCUUGAGCAAGUCAAGCUAGACGAUAUUAGACGUGGCUACGAGUCUGACGAGUCUGAGCAGACGGAGGAGACGUACGAGGACCGCGACUCGCUCGGUGGUGUUCCCAUGAGUCGAGAAGUGUCUGGCAACAGCGUUCUCUCACGCAGCGUAUCUGGCGCUCCCUUGACUGGUCUCAGGACAGCAAGCAAUGGGCCUAGCCAUUUCUCACCGGCGGAAUCUGCUGAGAGCAUGUAUCGCAAUCGAGCGAGCGGAAACAAUCGCAGUCAUUCAUCGCUACACGACUCUGAGAGAUCGGCACCCAUGAACAGGACCACCUCAAGCGAUAGCUACCGGCCAUUGUACAACAGCAACUCGAGGCAAAACUCGGGCACUUCGUUCGUCAGCGGCCAACCAGCCAAUCAGUCUACCGUGCAUGCUCGGAUGCGCUCGUUGAGCAGCCCACAUCAGUCCUACAGGCCAGCCGCUGCGCCUCAAAUGCCACCUCCAAUGCCUCUUGCACCAACACACUCGGCUGUCUACCUCGGCUCGCGACAGCCAUCUUACGGCAGUGAAGCUUCUGUACUGCAGGACAACGCUCAUAAGCGUGGUUCUCGGCAGUCCUACAAAGUCAAGGUACACUACCUAGAUGAUGCCUUCCUGAUUGCUCUUCCUGCGGAUGCGGCAAGUUAUGAUUCGCUCGUUGAGCGCGUUGUUCGCAAAGUACGCUUAUGUUCGUCGAAGGCCAGUGAGUUGACAACGCUUCGCGUACGCUAUCGAGAUGAGGAUGGCGAUUUGAUUCGGAUAGAGGGAGAUGAAGACGUUGCUAUGGCUCUAGAGAGCAUUGGCAGUCAGGCGGAAGAAGUGCUUGAGCUAUUUGCGACGGCUGUAGGUUACUGA